CAGGAACCCCCCGCGGCACCCAGCAAUGAUGGCACGGGAGGGCAAGAAGAGGAAGAAAAGGAAGGCGACUGUGGCUUAUCGGCUGCUUCAAGAUGACCCAUGUGAUUGGUGAGGGAUCGACAACUACUCGUCCAGGGUACCUAUCGCACAAAGGCUCACUACCUCAAGACGUUCGGAUUUCUAUGUACACGAACAAGAGCCAUGCACUGUACUGUAUGGGCUCCCGCCAAGAUCCGAGGCAUCCUCCCUCACCUUCUUGAUCUGGCUAUUGACUCCGUCCUGCUACUGAUGCAUAUACAACCCCCUCUAGCACGUGUGUGUCGUACUGCUACCAUAUAUCAUCAGUACUAUUAUAAGAUGCGGUUACCUUCCCAUUACCUCUCGAUGAUCAAGUAGCUUCAACGUCUCUCCAAGCAACCUUUCCCUCCAAAUCAAAUCGCCACCAUGAAGGUUUCUGCCACAGCUCUGUUCUUGACUUCUGCCCUCCCCACAGUCUUGGCUUGGGGCAACCUGGGCCACGAGACGAUCGCUUAUAUUGCCUCGAACUUUGUCAGCUCUGAGACAGAGACAUAUUUCCAAAAAGUUCUCGGAAAUACGAGCACUAGCUACUUGGCAGGUGUUGCCACAUGGGCGGACACUUAUAAAUAUACCUCUGCCGGCCUUUACUCAAAACCUUACCAUUUCAUUGAUGCUCAAGACGAUCCACCAUCAUCUUGCAAUGUUGACUACGACCGUGAUUGCGGUUCGAGUGGAUGCGUUGUGGCAGCAAUCCAGAACUAUACAUCUAUCAUGCAAGACAGCAGCUCGAGUGACUCGGAUUUGGACAUGGCAGCGAAGUUCCUUGUUCACUUCAUUGGCGAUAUCCAUCAACCACUUCAUGAUGAGAACCUGGACUAUGGCGGAAACGACAUCGAUGUGAAAUUCGGAUCCACAUCUACCAACCUCCACCACAUCUGGGACACCAACAUGCCCGAGAAAUAUGCCGAUGGCUACACUCUCGCCGAUGCCGAGAACUGGGCCCAGAAUCUCACCACGGAAAUCAAGACCGGAGCGUACAAGUCCCAGGCCGCAAGCUGGCUCAAGGGUAUGAAUAUCUCGGAUCCCGUGGCUUCAAGCAUGGGCUGGGCGACCGACAGCAACGCGUACGUCUGCAGCACUGUCAUGCCGGACGGCAUCUCGCCGCUCGAGAAUACGGAUCUGUCAGGUGAUUACUACACAACAGCCCUCCCAGUGAUCCAACUCCAAUUUGCCAAGGCUGGAUACAGACUCGCUGCUUGGCUGGAUCUGAUUGCGACUGGCAAAACCGACCUCUAGAUUGGGGCGGAGGUGGGCGUGGGACAGGGAGAAAGCUGAGAGAUCCAGAAUAGAGUAAUUUCUAAGCAGCUACUGUAGUAAACACAUCGAUACCAACUUCUCGUACUCAGCCCAAGUCUCUUUUCGCACUAGGGGUAUAGUAAUGGAAGUUAAAUCCAACCUCAACUGUAGGACUUAGGCUAGCAAACUCCGCAUUACCUCUAGGCAUGCUUGUAUAGUAAUGGGAA